AUGACGGACUCGCCACCCUCUUACCACAACCAAACGGCGCUUUUCUCAGCACAUGGCCCCGCAAGCUCCGUCAGCGCAGAUGCUCUUCCUUCUGUCACCGGAGGCGCAAGCAACAGCAACAGCAGCAGCAACAGCAACGUCCACAACGGCAGCGACAGCGCCCCUCCCACAAGCAAUGCCGCACCUCCAGCGGACGCGGUGCUCGAACACGUCACCACGAGAAUAUGGCCCACCACCGCCAACGUAGCGGUGCCGGUGCCGGACUUUCCACGAGGCGUCUCCGCAGCCACGGGGACGCAGACUGCGGCGUGGUCGGCGCACGUCGGGAACGCGCAGGGCUUCGGACUCGACCUUAUUACGCCACUGGCGGCAGCCGUAGCCGCAGCGCAUUCAGCGGAGGCAGUUCCCAUGACCCUCGCGGCCGUUGCGGCGCAGCAGCAGCCCUCCGAUGUGCGGGGGGAGUCCUCCAGCUCCCUCUCCUCCUCCCUCAGCUCCCCGCACCACUCCUCCAUGUCGAGAAGCCCCACCAUCCUUUACCAGCCUGUCCUCUCCUCGCUCGGCUCGGACGGCAGUCAGCGCGUGACGGGAGAUGCGCAUCCCUGCUGCAGCGUGUCAUCGCUUUCCGCCAACGGCAGCGCGACGCUGGCGGCGCUGGCGACGAAAAAUGCGUCCACCCCAACCGCGCGCUCGCUGGAGAUGCUCCAUGCCGCACGCGUCGCCGGCAACGCUGUGCCGCCGCGGUCCGAAACGGGCUCAACCUCCUCCCUCACUGGAGGACCACCCUCACCUGCGCACCCCCGCACCCAACCGCAGUCCUCCGAUCGCCACGCUUUGCUGUGCACGCCGUUGUCGCCGCAUCCUAUCUCCUCCCGCUCCUCGUCCCAUAAACACCUGCUUCAGCAGCAGCAGCAGCAGGGUGCGGCUGACCUUCUCGCCGAGCUAAAUCCAUCGCUGCUGUUCAUGGUGCAAGCCCUGCGUCAUUGUCGCCUGUCCGAGGUGAUGUGCCCGGUGGUGGUGAUUGGCAACACCAGAGCGCACGCCGCAGCGGCCUGGACGGCGUUGGCGGCAUCGUGGGGCAACCACAGCAGCAGCUCUUCUGCCUCCUCCCCGGGUUUAACCGCGGCGCCGACGAACACGUCCUCCUCGGCGUGUGAGCCCGCACCUGGGGUGCUCCACGCCAUGACCUCGCACACGUUAGCAGCCGUGCUGGACCGCACCAACGUCAACAGCAGCCACAACAACCCGGACAACAACAACCACAGCACCAAUAGCAACAACAUCUCCUCGAAUUUCGCCACGCUGCCGGUGUCGGUGGCGUCGGAUCGAUCUGGCUCGCCCCACACCCACUCUGGGGCGUUACUUGGCAGCAUUACGGAGUACGACGGCGUGGAUAUCGAUGACGAUCAGGCGAGGGCACGUGGUGUGGGUAAGGAGCGCCAGCGUGAUGCCACGCUCAUGGCCGGCGACUUCGGUGUCAUGUCCACCCUCGGCUCGAAGCCACCGCCGUCCGUUGCGAACACGGAGAUGGGUCAUCGCUCACCCAUCACCCCCGUCUUGGACUCCGUCGCAGCGGAGGUGAACAGCAACGCCUUCAUGCCCUCUCUUACGCACUUUAGCGAGUCGGCGGCGCAGCUGAUCAACCCGUGGCCGUUGCUGUACGCCAACGACACAGCGCUCGGCCUCUUAGGUUACCACAAGCUGGAGGACGUGGUGUCGAGGGAGUUCGACGACAUCUUUCGUUGCUUUGUCUACACGCCGGACAACAGCGCACUGAGGCAGCAGCAGCAGCAGCCACGGAAGCCGGACUGCCCGUUGAGCAAUGAGGGCGUUGACACGAACAGCAGCAACGCGAGUGAUCCGGAGGUCGCUGCACCGACGACCACGACGGCGGCGUCCCGCAGCCGCCGCACCACCGCCGCGAAAGCAACGACAGCGCCAACGACGGCGCAACGUCCGCUAACAGACCAGGCAGCGCUGUCGACCCCGCUAGACGAACUGCUGCGACACACAGACCGGCCACGUGUCACCUUGGAGGGCAAGCCGAAAGAUGUUACCGCGGCGGCGGAGGCGGCGGGAAAAGAACCGAGCACCAACUCCGCUGCGACGUUUCCGCACCCGUCAAAGCUGCGAGAGGUGCACAACUUUGAUGAGUUGUUUGCGCCACGGUACGACAGCUACGUGUUCUUGUACGCGGAGCGCACGGCGUCUUACUACGCGGCGCUAGCCGUCUCCUCGGACCAGGUCGAGCUGUCCGCGACGACGACGACGACAACGAAGGAGGCAAACGCAGGCCCGGCGGCGUUGGCGGCGCAGCACAACCCGUACCUCCGCCUCUUCGACUCCCUCACGAAGUGGAAGAAUCCGUCACACCCGGCGCCGCAUCCUACUGCCGCUGCCCUCGCCCCUUCUACACCACCACCUUUCGCUGUUGUGGCCGCUCUCGCACAGCAGCCGUCAGGCCCGAGCGUGAAGGACACGAGGAGCUUCUCAAAGGCCGCCACAGUAACUGACCCGGCCAACAAAGCAGACCAGCAGCAGCAGCAGCACCCGAAGGUGAGCAACGACCUCCGCACCUUCGCAUUCUCCGUCAAACCUGAGGUCAAACCGCCUCACCCAACGGUGGCAGAGAGGGCGUCGGCGCCGCUCGCCCAUCACCAGCUGCCCGCCCGGUAUCUCGUGCUGUACCUCCUCCAGCGCGUUGAAACGGGUCUGAAGCCGCAGGUGCUGACGCGCCCACCGGUGCCAAAGCCGGACGUGGGGGAAGAAACGAAGGAGGAGGAACUGGCGAAGACGCAGACGGCGACGAGGGACUCCUCUGCACGCACCGGCUCGCUGCCGCGGCGCGUGACGGGGAUCUACACCCUUCCACCACACCACACCUCGAUGGACGCGGCGCCGACGGCGGUGGCAGCUCGCAGCUCCCCGUCUCCACCACGCCACCGCAGCAGCUCCGCUCCUUUGCUCGGCGAGAAGCUGCAUGACGACGUCGACGCCCCGGUUCCUACGUGGAGGCGCACAAGCCGGCACAUGCGACAGCGUCGGACGUUCCGCCACAGCGACUCCGACGUGUCUACCACGAAGCUCCUGCACGGCGGAGACACGGUAGAGAACACCCCAUUGCUCGAGCUGCAGAACUGCUCCCCACGCUCCAGCACAGACUGGAGCGCGAGCAGCGCGAACGACUCUAACACUAUCCGCAGCGAUGCUGCCCGGGCAGCGCACACGGCCGCGGCUAAGGAUGGCGGCCAGCAGAGCAGCCUAUUUGAGCUCAGCUACACUUCUUUCCAGGCGGACCUCGCCAAACCCGCGCGGACCUCGUCCGACUUCGUCCCUGAGGCGUUAAAUGCGGCCACCGGGGCGGCGGCAACAGCAGCGACCUCCACACCCACCUUUGGCUCCCGCACGAGCCCGAUGAGCGCGGUGCAGAGCACCCCGGCGCUGCGUCAACGUCAGCAGUCACCGACGUUGCGCGCCUUCAGCGCGGGCGACAUGACAGAGCACAGCGCGCUGGCACUGCGGUCCCGUCUCGGGCACAUGAGCAGCUCCCAUCCCCUGGCCCCGUCGGCGAACCCGUUUUACGCCGGGCUGACGCCGCCCAGCAGCGCCGGAUCCGUCCCGCUGAGCGUCCACCCUGCCAGCCUCCCGAACUCGGCUGGGAGCCUCAACCUACCGCAUUCAAAUCAGACCUCGCCCUCAGAACACUCUCAUUCCCUCCGAUCUGGCCAGCUGAUGCUGACGAUGACGACGACCACCACCACCACCACCGCGCAGCCCUUCCUGGCUACAAAGCCCGUUGGCGCCCCGUGGCGCUCUAUUCAGGAGGUGCGCAACGUGGAAGGUGUCGCGCAGCUGGCGCAGCAGGUGCGCGAGGCAAUCCAGCAGCGCUCCUACGAGUGCAACAGCACGGGUACCUCAUCCGGCUCCGCCGCCUCUCCGGUCGCCUCGGUCAACAGCUCGUCUCCUCAGCGGCAACAUCUUCAGCGGCAACAACAACAGCACACCACGUCGAUGAUCCAUUAUCUUGGCACGCCGGGGACGCGGUCAGCACAGUGGCAGCGUCGCGGCUCUCGGGGAUUGAUGGCUGGCUCCGCGCCCACCACCGCGACCGAGGCCCCGGCCAGCCUGCCGCACUCCACGAACGCCGGCAGCAACAGCGGCGUGAUGCGGCACUUGCUGGCACCGAACCGCGUCACGUACAGCGCCGAUUGGGGCAGCGGUCGCAGCACGUCCCAGCUGCUCGGCAGCACCGCCGCCAUGACGUGGCAGCGCAGUAACGAGGUGGAUCAGAUCGAGGCGAGGAAGCUGGCCAACCGCAUCCGCUCGCAACGGAAUGUAAUGCGUGUGGUGACCUCGACCCGCCUGCCCGGGACACUUAUCUUCAACUCUGUGGCCUUGAUGAUGUUUGUGCAGCAAGUCCUCCGCUUUCAGCAGAGUCAAGGGGUGCUGCAGGUGGCCUGCAUUCUGAACGUUCGGGCCAAGACGCAGCUGGUGGUGGAUAUGAUUCCGGUGGACAGACUCGAUGACGCGAGCCACGACGACGUCCGCAGCUUUGAGGUCUCGUCGAUGCCCACAACGCCGAGCAUUGCCGGGGCGACACCAGCAGCAAGGGCAGCCCGCCUUUCUACACCCACGUCCGCGAAGUCCGUCUCCACCGCCGGCGUCACCUGGGCAAGAACGCAGCCGUCCGGUGAGCACUUAACUGCGCUGCUCAAGCGCCGACUGGCCAAGAUGGACACCUUCUACUCCGAGGAGGAGUCGCGGCAGACAUAUCCGACCUUCUCUGAGAGCACACCAUCCGUGCAAGGCAGCGGAAGCAACAGCAUCAGCAUCAGCGCACACCUGAAUGAGCUGCACGAGCAUGACAUGGCCAUGUCCUCCCGCACCGCGUUGCGUGCCGGCAGUUUUGUGAUGUCGCGCCUGGUGGACCCCCCGUUCAAGCGAGAAUCGUCGACCUUCAACAUGUCGGAGUCACGCGGGAGUGGGGAAGCGUCCGCCUCACCGGCAGCGAGUGCAGCGACGGUGCCACGCGGCACAGGCACCGGCAAUGCGAAGACGUCGCCGUCCGCAGCAAAGGAACUGGCGCCUCCCUCCACCCCGCCUGUUGGCCUCGUUGUCGAUAUCAACGCCUUCCGCCGCAGCAGCAGCAGCAGCCAAACUGGCGAGCGCUGGCACAGCCCGCGGCGCGACACCCGACGCUCCCACUCGCACGAGUACCGCACGGAGCGGGGAAGCAGCCGUGUUUUCAUGAUGGAGGGGGGCAGGCAAGUUGGCGCGUCAGCCCCGUGGACGAUUCCGCCGCAAGAACCAACCGAGCCGACGACCCCGCUACCCCUAACGGGGGGGCGUCCAGCGAAGAGCGCGAUGGAGCUCAUUGGCGAGGCAGCGGCACGGGUGAUGGGCAGCAGUCGCAACGUCUCCCGCUCGAACAGCUUCGCGCGAAGUGGCACGCACACACCGACGUCUGGACGGGCGAGGUCUUUGCCAUCACACCCCACCAUUAUCCACAGCAGCGACAUCAACACGUCGACCGUCACGACGACUGCCACAGCAUCCAUCGCUGACGCCAACGACGCCACUGGAGCAGCAACAGAAGCAGCGCUGAUGGACUCCCUGACGCCACCUUCGCACGAGCUGGACGAAGGGAGUCCCACGACACACAAAAGCUCCAGCACGCCCAACGACAGCAGCAGCCGCACCCGCUCGAGCAAGAGCGCCUCCUCGUGGUCGGCGCAGUGGGCCGGUACGCAGCACCCACAGCCGGACAGCCCACCGGCGCAAACCACCUCGCCUCUACCACAGCAUUCUCACAGCUUCCCUCCGCGAGAGUGGGUGCCCAAGUCCGAUUACCUUUCCGCGGACACGCAGCAGGACCUUGCCAUGUGUGACGGCGACAUCAACGUCUCCGUCCUCACGCACGAGGCGCAGGUGUGCAUCCCGUUUAUCACGCCCUAUCGCCUGGAGCUGCUGAGUCAACUCGGCAACGUGCAGCUGUCCUCCUACCGCGGCGUGUCGGUCUUCGGCGUCAACUUGGUAAACAUGGUCACGGAGGAGGCGGCGGCCGCCGCCGAGCAGCCGUCCCCGCCCAUCAUCCCGCUGCAGUACGACCUUGCGGCGGGCAACUACAUGAAGGCGGCCGGCGAAAAGAGCACGGUGCUGCCGCCCUUCAACGGCGAUGACGCAGCCGCAGCCGCCGCGGUGGACACACCGACGCCAUCCGCGCACCAGCGCAAGAAAAAGGAGCUGGCCAGGACAGCCAGCGGCCACCGCAGCGAGGAGCACGGCACCGCAGCGCAGACGAAGCAAAAGAAGCAGGAGAGGACUGCCGCAACAAACCUGUCGCCUGUGUCUCUGUCACCGCCGGAGUCGGACGCGGAGGUGCCCGCUUCGUCUGCUCCCUCCUCACGUGAGAACGGCGCCGUCCUUGGAAAGACUGUGGUGAGUGCCAUUGUCCCCUCCUCCUCACAGCCCAUCAGGACCAGGCCUUCGACGAUUGCGAUGGAGUACACGCCUGAGAUGGAAGACCUAGGCGGGAAGGCGGGCGACACCUCCCUUCGCACGGCGUCGUCGCACAAGUCCUCUUCCGGCGCGAUUCCAGACUCGAACGCAGCGUCGUGCGUUUCGAUGUUUACGCCGGACCACCAGCCUCACCAAUCGCCGAUACGCGAGGCGACGGGCGAGGAACCGCAGAGCCCACGUCAUCCGCAGCCGUCAGCACAACUACUGCAACAACAACAACAGCCACAGGGCCCGUCGACGGCGCGGAGCACCGUGAUUGAAAAGGGCAGCGUCGUCUCGGUUGUGAUGCCGCCGCGCGAGGCACGGCGAGUCCCCACUGCGCUGGCAGACAAGCAGAAACGGCGACCGUUGCUGCCGACCACGGCGGCUGCGGAUGCCAGUCGCAAAGAGGAAGUCCCCAACCACAAAGCCGCCGAGGACGCAGCGGCGGCCGCCAAUCGCAGCGACAAGAGCGACGAUGAUGUUGCUCCUGUCGAAGACGGCAUUGCGGUGGGUGAGACAGACACAGCGGCGGCGGCGGCACUGCCGAUGUUAACGGGCACCACCACCACCAAGUCCCCGCACGCCUCGAUCAACGCCAGCACUACCUGCAGCGGCGGUGUGACGAAAACCAAGCCAACGAAUGCGACGCUGUCUACGUUUCUGAAAGAGCCCUCGAUGGCGGCAGCGGCGGUGGCAGCAGCCCCCGCAGCUGUCGUCGUCGCCGCUGCCGCGCCGGUGCCGGACCAAAGCGAUUCACCCAUCACCGAUUGGUCCAGCAAAAUCCAACACACGACGCACGAGCCGCAGCAGCAGCAGCGGCAGCAAAAGAUGAAGGUAGCUGCAGAAAAAGGUGGUGUAGAUCUGGCGCACAGGACCCAAGCUGUGAGCGCCUCUCCCUUGAUGGAUCGCGAGCAGGACGCCAUCGACGCAGCCUCAAACCAGCUUCGCCCGUCGUCCCGUACGACGACAGCAGUCGAUAGAGGGAGGUCUGAACAGGCAGCGCGGAUCUCUUUCUUACCGGAAGGUCUGCCCCACGACGGGGACUGGCUUGUGCAGUCCAAUGAGCAGAGCACCACACUCACGCUGGUCGCCCCGGGGAAACCGCCAGCGGCAUCGCUGUCCGCCUACAGCGCCAGCGAGCGAAGCGAGCGGUCGGCCUCCGCCCCGCAACACCUCUCCGCGUCUCCGCCGCCGCUGCUGCCGCAUCCCGUCUCCAUCUGCGAGCGCCAGACGAACCCCGCCAACGCGCACGUCGAUCCAUGCGCCUCCCCGACCAGCACGACCUCCAACACGCAGGGCAUGGUCAGCGUCCGCACGCAGAAGUCCGGUGGGACGGAGCUGCUGGGCUACACGCUGUCGAACAGCGCCGCCGCAGCGCUCGGCGGGUUCAGCACGGCGUUGAUGAAGGAGGUGACGCUCGACAGCGACAACAAGAGCAGCGCGAGGGGGAGUCGCAAGGAGGAGGGGGGCGCAGACGUGAACAGCACGGACCAUGCCCAGGCGGGGUUGACGCCGACCGCGGCAGUGGGCGACGGCUCCUCGUUGAACUCGCCAAGCGCGCGGCGCACCAACCCGCUCGAGCCAGAGCCGGACGAUGCUGCACCGCGGUUGGUACAGACCACGGCGGCAGCCAUCGCAGCAGCGCCGGCGAUCCCUGCGCAGGCAUCUGACCUCUCCACCUCGCACUCGCCCCGGUCCACCUCGCCCAAGUCCACCGCGAACACCGUCACCGCCGCCUUUGCUGCCCCGGUUGAUGACUCCUUUGCCUCAGUGAACAUCCUCCUCACCGCCGCGACGACACCAGUGAACGAGGUAACAGGGCCGAUGCCGUCGCGGCCGUCGGCGAUGGCUGCUGCAGCCGGUCGCCACGGCAGCCUCAGUGGUGUCGGCAGCAACGUGAUCAGCUUUCCCGCCAGCGCUAGCACCUCUUUCGAAGACACGCGUCAAGUCCCGGCGGUGACGGGGGACGAGGCGAACGACUCCUUCGCGGAGAGCUUUAUGGACAUCUUUGGACUCGCCAGUCACCCACAGCGGCUGGCGGACCUCCGCCGGCACGUAGCGGAUCGGAUGCGUGAUGCUCGCGCGAAGGCACCGCCGGGCAUCGAGAGCAGUGCCUCCUCUCCGCCUUUUGCGCACGCAUCGCCCAGGCGCUCCUUCACGACCACCUUGGCAGCGAAUGCGUCCUCGCUGCCGCACCGCGCAGAGGCGGGCAGCGCCACGAGUAGCAGUAAUCAUAAUAAUAAUAACAACAGCAGUGCCUUCCAGUCGUACUUCGCGGACUCAGCGGCGGCGACGACGGACAGCAACGCCGGCCACGGCAGUGAGAAGCUGACCACACUUGUGCCGAACGUGGGCGGCGGCGGCGACACCAGCAGCCGCAGCUUUCACCAUCGUCACAGCAGCAGGAGUCCAUCGGUGAACGAGACGCAGGACUCGGAGUGGUCGAGGCGUAAGGAUGAGGAGUUCCUCAAAGACUCACAGAAGGUACUACGCACCGCGGAGGCGGAGGCGGCAGAGCAGCUAAUGCGCCACAACCUCCACAUUCUCGUGUACACCUCGCGCAUGUACCCCGAGAUGGAGGAGGUGCUCGGUCUCUACGGGCACUGCACCACCUUCGUGACCAGCCCGCUCAAGAUGCUGCGAUACGCACGUGCUGGGCUGCAGCCGUUCGACGUGCUGAUCGUGGAGUGGGUCGACUACCUGGUGACCGCGGAGAUCCACGACAUGCUGGCGCACCACGCGGUCGACAAAACGGUGGUGGUGUACUUCAUUUCCAUCAAGCCUGGCGUGCAAACGCCGACGAUGAACGUUGAAAACGUAAUGACGGACACCACCGUCGUCGUGCACGCCGAGGACCUUCUCACUGGGCUGUUGACCCGCAACGUGCUGGGGGAGGUGCAGCAGCUCAUCCGGCGUCGACGCUUGCUGCUGUCGAUGAUGGAGGUGCACAUGCACCAGACGUACCAGAUCGUCAGCCACAUCGGCAGCGGUGCCUUUGGAGAUGUCUUCGAGGUGCUGAUGUAUGUCUCGCAAGGCAAGCUCGCGAUGAAGCGCAUCUUCCUGAAGAGUAUGAAGCUGCGCCAGCUCGAGCUGAUCAACCGUGAGGUGAACAUCCUACGCGCGCUCGAUCACCCAAACAUCGUGUCCUUAUCGCACACCCAGCUGGAAGAUAACGCGUACUCGAUCUUUAUGGAGCUGUGUGACAGCAACCUGGCCGAUCACCUUCUCGAGCCGUCCACCGCCAUUCCAGGCGCCGAUCAGCGCCAACAGUACCGCUACGGUCAGUCGAACUUCGGCUCCCCAGACAGGCUGCCGCGAGGGUACGAGAGCAGCGUAAUGGCGAACAUCAACAACAAGAUGAACGGUGGCAGCACCAGCCGCAGUGGCGCUAACGUCGCCGACGACGAUGGGCACAGCAGCAACAACAACAACGAUUCGUUCUCUGGGCCAGCGCUGACCCGCCCACAGGACGCCGUCAUGAUAGUGCACGACAUCGCGAGUGCGCUCGUAUACCUGCAUAGCCGCGGCAUUAUUCACCGCGACAUCAAGCCGGCCAACAUUCUCUUCUCGAACGGUAUGGCGAAGCUGGGCGAUUUUGGGUCCGCGGUGAAGAUGAACGAGUCGCGCAAGCUGCGAAACAUGAAGGGCACGAUGAGCUACAUGGCGCCGGAGAUGGUGUUAGGCGAGCCCUACACGGAGGCCUGCGAUCUCUGGUCCUUUGGGUGCCUGAUCGCGAGCAUUAUGGGCAUCCACCUCGGUCACCUCAGCGGGCUGCACAUGCCGGCGCUGAACGAGCUCUACCGCUCUAUCCCGAUCAACGGCUCCCUGCCCCUCACCUGCUCGAAUCGGCUGUCGUCGAAGUACGAGAACCACUACACGGAGUCGACGACCAUCCGCGUCUUAGCGGCGUUGAGGCGCGCGCUGGCGAACGAGAUGGCGGAGCGGCAGGGCACGCCGCCACCGUCGUCGUUGGCAGCGGCCAUCGCCACCACUACGGCUGGCACUACGGCUGAUGCUGCUGGUGUCGGCGUUUGGCCCACUCACAACUCCAGCACCACGUCCCCCGCGAUGAGUCAGGCAAGUCGCUCGGCCAGCUCCGACCUCGUGGACGAAGCCGCGCACGAGCGCCGCCGCGCCAUUGCGGAGGUGGAGCGGGCGGACUCCAAGAACCGCCAGCGCAGUGUCAUGUGUAUUAGCACCACGAGCAUUGAUGUGCUGGGCGAGUUCCCUGCCUUGCUGCCGGCCUCCCUGGUGGAGUUGUUUGAGAACUUGUUCCACCGCGACCCGUCAAAGCGGAUGACGGCCGCCGACAUCCUCGACCACCCCGUUUCGUGGGAUGUGGAGUGGAUGACGCAUAUGAUGGGCGAGGUGCAGAUGAUCUACUCCCAGCUCUCGCAGAGCACGAUCAGCGCACGUGCCUCGAUGCACGCAAACAGUCGCAGCCGUGCGGCGCCCGCCACCUCCUCUGAAAGCUCUCCGUUUCGAGGACGGGUGGGCAGCACGCCGCCUAUGGAAGCGGCGAACUCCGCCUCGGGGAACGUGCACCCGGUCGGGCACUACAACUCUAGCUACGGCAGCAGCGCCUUUGCCUCCUCCUCUCCCAACGCGGCGCCACAGGCGGCAGGCUACGUCUCGUACUUCGCCAUGCAAUCAGGAAAUGGAGGGGCUGGGGAGAUGGGCGGAAUGAGCUAUGUCGGUGGCGGGGAAGCUAGUGUGAACGUGCCGUGCUCGGCGAACGACUACGUGCUGGACCUGUCGCUGAGUGGCGGCGAGGGAGGCAGCGGCGAUGAGGAGUAG